AUGUCCAAUAAUUCUCCUAAUCAUCAAAAAGAUUCUACCAAACUAAAUAUUAAUUUGGAUGCUUUACAAAAGUCUGCAUCAAAUGUAUUUCAUAUACAAUGUACCUCUAUACAAGAAUUUAGUGAAGGUGGUUUUCAUAAAGUAUACAUCUUAAAGAUGGAAGAUGGUAAUGAAUAUAUUGGAAGAGUAGCAUUUCCUGUAUAUUCACAAUGGAAGACAGAAAGUGAGGUGGCAGUUAUGGAGUAUAUUCGUUUAAAUACGCAUAUUCCUGUUCCCAAAGUUUAUUAUUGGAAUAGUUCUGUUAAUAAUCCGGUAGGAACAGAAUAUAUUUUAAUGGAGUAUUUACCUGGUAUUCGUCUUUGUGAUAUAUGGAUACCAAAAUAUUUUCAGGAUGAUGGAAAUGACACAUUUGUAUUAACGCAUGCAGACUUUCACACAUCAAACAUUCUUGUCAAGAAUGAUGAAAUAACGGGAGUCAUAGACUGGGAAUGUUCUGGUGCGUUUCCAGUGGAGUGUUUAUCUACUUAUCCAGUAUGGAUAACUAACAAUCCUAUGAUAGAACAAAAUAACAAAAAGUCUAGAGAAAAUAUAAUAUUACAAAAAUUUUUUCGAAGUGAAAUGUCUC